AUGAUGAGUCAAAUGCGUGCUGUUUUUCGAGAAGAGCUAUGGAAUUUGAGGAAACUGAGUUUAAUUGAACGAUUCGGGCAACAGUGGUUGUCGUCUGCCGGAAACGCUCCUGCCGCGUACUCGAUUCCGAUCAGAUCUAUUAUUUGUUAUUUAUCACUUCUCGAAACGUCGACUCCAGAAGAAAAGCUCGAAUUUGUUUUUCGGGUAUUCGAUUCAGAUGGCAAUGGGUAUCUGGAUCAAAAUGAGCUACAAGCAAUUGUUGAACAGAUGGUGAAGAUUGCAAGGCAACAGCACUGGGAUCCUGUCGAACUUGAACCGAUUUUACGUCAAUUAAUGAAUGAUAUUGAUUAUGACUCAGAUGGAAAAGUGUCUCUACAGGAAUGGAAACGAGGAGGAUUAACCACUAUUCCGCUUUUGGUUUUGCUUGGCUUUGACACUGGGAUGACAGAAGACGGAGCUCACAUUUGGAAGCUUCAUCAUUUUAGUAAACGUACGUACUGUAACAUAUGUUCAAAUUUAUUGGUCGGUUUUGGUGGAAAACAAGGACUUUCCUGUGCAAUUUGCAAGUACACAGUACACGAACGAUGUGUCCGAUCAGCGCUCCAUAAUUGUAUUUAUACUUAUCGUGUAGGUCAUGAACAGAAAAAGUCGAUGAACCAUCAUUGGAUUGAGGUCAAUUCAGCAACCAAAUGUGAUAAAUGUCACAAAACAGCACCUGUUGGAAAUACAAAAAUGUGUCGUUGGUGCCAGAGAGAGGUAAGAGCUCAUAUACCGUGCAUACCGUUAAUACCAGAGAUAUGUGACUUCGGAGUGCAUGCGGUCCAUAUCGUACCGCCAUAUAAUUUAACAUCCUGCGAUGGUCGCGGGGGACCGCUACGUCAACUCGGGCUUCACACAACUUUGAAGGUUUUGAUGCCUUUUGAAGAACAAAAUUUGCUUGCUGAGGGAGAUUUUGCUGGGCGGAGGCCCCUGUUGGUAUUUGUUAAUUUCAAAAGCGGUGGAAAGCAAGGUGAACGAGUUUAUGGAAGAUUUCGUCGCCUUUUGAAUCCAAGACAAAUAAUUGAAGUUAGCGUAGAAAAUGAAACAUUAGACUUGUUUGAACGCAUACCCAAUUGCCGAGUAUUGGUUUGUGGGGGAGAUGGAACCGUCAGCCAGGUUCUCGAAGAAAUGGACAGACAUUCUUUCAAUGAGAAACGGCCACCAGUUGCCAUUCUGCCAAUCGGCACAGGUAAUGACCUGGCACGUUGUUUAAACUGGGGAGGCGGUUACGAGAAUGAGAAAAUCAGCAGAACGCUCAUAAGUAUUAACAAGUCCACUGAGGUUCAACUUGAUCGCUGGGAGUUAAAUAUUGAUUUGGAAAAGCGUUGUUCUGGCUGUGAGACGGCUCCUUCUAAUGUCAUCAAUAAUUAUUUCUCAAUUGGAGUAGACGCCGCCAUCGCUUAUCGUUUCCAUCAGAUGCGUGAGAAAAAUCCAAGUCGAUUUUCAAGUCGUAUAAAAAAUAAAUUACUUUAUCUUGAGUGUGGGACAUCAGAAACUUUGCUAAAAACGUGCAAAAACCUCAACUUGGAAUUAGAUAUACUUUGCGACGGCGAAAGUUUGGAUCUAACUCAAGGCCCAGCUUUGGAAGGUGUAACUAUCCUAAAUAUUGGAUCUAUUUAUGGCGGCAGCAAUUUAUGGGGUUCUAUCUCCUCACAUUACGGUUUAAAUCCUUUGAUAAGAACAAAAAAUCAGGAUUUUAGUGACGGCUUAAUUGAAAUUGUUGGUCUGGAAUCUGCAAUGCAAAUGGGGCAGAUAAAAACUGGUGUUAGAUCUGGUCAUCGUAUAGCUCAGUGCAAAAAUGUAGUGAUAACGACGCAUAAACUACUUCCAAUGCAGGUUGACGGCGAGCCAUGGAUGCAGGCACCCUCUAUUAUUCAGAUUAUAUUCAAGAAUCAAUGUAGAGCAAAAUCUUUUGUAGCUCCCAAAAAAAUCAGAACCUGGAAUCCCUUUCGGCAACGACUCCCCAGCGAUGAAUAA